AUGACGUUUGUUCUUGAAGGCCUAAAUUCCCUGCAACAAUACGCUUUAUCAUGGGUGUAUGCGAAGAAAGAAACAUCAAGUAUGGCGAAAAAGCUCGGUGUCCUUUCAUCUGCAAAUAUCAAUGCUUCAGCUAUAAUCUACCCCUCUAAAUCCCACCCGGACGUGUGUCUAUACGGCGUUGCAUCCCGAGAUGUGUCCAAAGCGGCAGCGUAUGCAAGAAAAUACGGCUUCCAGAAACACUACGGUUCUUAUCAGGCACUACUCGAUGACCCAGACAUCAGCAUUGUGUAUAUCUCGCUGCCAAAUGGCAUGCAUUUUGAAUGGGCAAAGAAAGCUAUGAUAGCCGGAAAGCACGUUCUGUGUGAAAAGCCGCUGGCAUCGAAUGCUGAGGAGGCAAAGGAAUUGGCGAGGAUGGCUAAACUGAAGAAAUUGGUUCUCGAAGAAGCACUUCACUGGCAAUUCCACCCAGCUGCGCACAAAUUCCGCGAAAUUAUCGAAUAUGGAAAUUAUGGUAAAAUCCUUAGCACGGCUGCGUGGAUGACCUCUAGCAUAGGAAUUCCAGAAGGAGAUAUUCGCUGGAAUUUCGACUUGGGGGGUGGCUCACUGAUGGAUCAAACAUAUGCUCUCUCUUUUACCCGCUACGCAAUCCACACACCUCACUGUCCUAAAACUGUUCUCUCUGCCGUCUGCCGCUCAUCAAAAAAUGACCCCCGCGUCGACGCCGCCAUGCAUGCGCAUCUUCUCUUCACCUCACCCACUGAGCCCAGCUACAGCAUCCAAAGCCGCAUCUACACUGACAUGUCCCGCAAGUGGACUUUUUUUGGUCUCUUGCCGCGCCUCUGGGAGCUUCCUUCCAUUGAAGUUGAAAUGGCCAACGCGACGAUCUUCUUCCACAAUGCUCUGAUGCCGCAUCUUUACCACUAUAUUUCUGUGACAGAUAAGCGCACAGGGAAAAUUGAUUAUUUUACUCAGUUUUUUGGCGGCCCGCUGUGGGGUGACAAAUGGACAACUGGCGGUAAGGGAGGACAUCUGUCCUGGAGUACGUACCGGUGGCAGCUGGAGGCGUUUAUGGAUAAAAUUAGGGGGAAAGAACCUCCCUGCUGGAUUACAAAUGAGGACAGUAUUUCGCAGAUGGAAGGUAUUGAUGCUAUUUACAAGGCAGCAGGGCUUCCCAAGAGAGGAAUGGGAGAGAAGAAUGGCUAA